GCCGUAACUCCCACUCACGGGAGAUCGCCCCUUAGCGUAAGGCCCGUGCUCUAAUUACCUCUCCGAGCCGAGCUAGUUUACAAUAUCCACCUACACCACGGUGUAACUACAAGAAGCUCCUCGUCUUCUAGCAUACCUUAUCGUACGCCCGAAGAACUCUUUACUCGAUACUCAUCAAAGGGAUACCCACCAAUAUCAGAUUACUACUCAGAGUCCCAUGAGUCGCGCAAAGAACGCCCGCGACGCUCAGAAACGGCGUCGGGACUUAGCGAAGUCGACCCGUCUCCGCAUCUGGAGCCAGCCGCCAUUACGGACUCUCAAGACCUCGGCCAGAAAGGGAAUUGCAAGAGAACGUGCCCUGAAGUUACAGAUUCUCCCGUGGCUUCGCGACCCAGCGUGGCGAUUAGAAGGUUGUGCGUAUCCGGGUCGAGCUACCUUACUUGGACUCCCACCAGAACUGCGACAAAGGAUUUUAUAUGAGACUUGCAGUGUGCCAAAUCUGAGAGACGAACUGGAAGCGGAACACAGGAGAAGGAAAGAGUCUGUCGAGAACUAUGCAUCAAUAGGCAAGGGAGCUGGCAUGGAUUUCAAGCAAACGAGUGCGCAAGAACUGAGAAAGUUGGCCUUGAGCAGAUGUGAAGGAGGUCUGGUCGCGCUCCUGGGCCAGAAAAUUGGGGUACUGUGCUGUGUGGCACCACAGAUCCGCCUUGACAUGCAGUAUGUUAUGAGAUUAUGGCAACGAGACCUCGAAGAAUACAUGGAACAAAAUCACAUCAACAAAUCGACUUCGAGACUUCUUACCGCCGCGGAGGGAGACGCAUGGAUGUUCGGCAGUGGGAUCGAAGCGCCAAAGCGGAAAAGGAAGCGGAGAGGGGAAAUAGAGGGAGAAGGUUACAAAGUACCUGGUAAGAGACCUCGAGCAUUCAAGUGUUGGUAUUGCAUGGAAAGGCACCUGGAUGGAGACCCAGUAUGUCCGUGGAAAAAGCGGGACCCGGCAAUGUGGCAAGCAAUGACGAAGAAGGUUGGAGGCAGGAGGGGCUUAGCACAGCAGACCUCAUCGACGGGGACAAAAGUCGUGUUUGACGAUAACUAGGCUUUAGACUGGUAUUCCCAGGCCUGGUACACGCUAUGGCAGUUUUCAAGCUACGACCCCGUUCCUUCACAACCUCCGCCAUUCUCUCUCCAACUUCACUCGUCAGCUCUUCAAAUCCCUUGACAACACCCUCUA